CGACAUUUUCCAAACAGGAUAAUGGUGGGAUAGUCUUAUUCAAAUCUUAAUUGUAGUUAUUAAUUUAUAAAUUCUUUGAUAAUCUUCACCUAGUUUUUAUUAAGGAGGUUGAAGAAGAUCGUUCUCAAUAAAAAAUAAAAAUUAAACAACUGAAACAAGUUCAUUCAUCGUUUCAAGGGACUAGCUCGAUAAUAGUUUUUGUAAAUAGUUAAAUACAACAACAAUAUGACUUCGCAGGCUUUAGCUUCAUUAACCGCAACUUACACUGAUUCGGAAGGCGAGGAGGACAUGGAAGACGGACAACAAACACCAGAAAAAGACGAAAGUAAAUCAACCCAGUCGGCACCCACUAGUCCCCAACAAAUAGAAGUUUCGGUCAAGUCCUCCUCAGCACCCGUAUCACCUAAAAGAAGAUUAGUUUCUUACAACGACGAUACUGUAGUGUCUGACGAAGAUCAGUCUUCUCCUAGUGCCGAGAAUAGAGACGACAUGAGAAGACUUUCAAUGGAAACAGAUACAGACGAAGCAAUACAACGGUCUGACCCUGACGACUCAGAAGAUGGUGUGACGAUACCUCCAGAACCACCUGGAAAAUGCCCUAAGGAACUACAAGAAACAAUUGCCAAAUUCUAUAGUAGAAUGUUAAAUGAAGGUUUAGACAUGAACAAGAUUAUACAAGAUAAAAAAAAUUUCCGGAAUCCAAGCAUAUAUGAAAAGCUCAUACAGUUCUGUGAUAUAAACGAGUUAGACACUAACUAUCCCCCUGAAAUAUAUGAUCCUUUGAAAUGGGGUAAGGAGUCAUACUAUGAUGAGUUGGCGCGCGUGCAAAAAGUAGAAAUGGACAGGCGAGAGAAGGAGAAGAAAGAGAAAUUGGCCAAGAUAGACUUUAUUUCAGGAGUGGCAAAAAAACCUGAGAGUGAUGAAGAGAAAAAGCGGAAAUCCAAAUGGGACCAAGCUGCUCCUAAUGUGGCAGCAAAGCCCACCAUCAAGCAGCCUGGACUGGUGCAACAGCCGCUGACCACCAAUGUGACUGGCACCAAAGGAACUGUCAUAUCUGCAUUUGGCUCUUUACCAAAAAAACAAAAGAUAUGACACAAAAACUGGAUUAACCUUUAGUAAAAGGCACAUUUUCAUAAUUCAGUUGUAAAUUAAAUUAAUUACAAGUAAAA